UCCCACCUCUCUUACCCUGGACUUCCAGUUGGCCCUAGCUAUAAGCCCCGCCCCUCUCCGAGGGACAGCCCCCGCUCCAGUCUCCGCGGUCCCACUUACCCUAGCCCCUCCCUCGGGCAGCCCCUGGGCUGUGACCCAGCCAGCACCGCCUCUCCUAGUGGCAACUGGCUGGGAAUGGCUGAGGGGCUACCUACUGCUUGCGGCCUGCCAGGGGGAGGAGGGGGGGCGGAAAGAAGAAAGGGGGCGGGGUUGAGGGGGGCGGGCCUGGACCUGGGGAGUGAAAGCGAAAGCCCGGGCGACUAGCCGGGAGACCAGAGAUCUAGCGACUGAAGCAGCAUGGCCAAGCCGUGUGGGGUGCGCCUGAGCGGGGAAGCCCGCAAACAGGUGGAGGUCUUCAGGCAGAAUCUUUUCCAGGAGGCUGAGGAAUUCCUCUACAGAUUCUUGCCACAGAAAAUCAUAUACCUGAAUCAGCUCUUGCAAGAGGACUCCCUCAAUGUGGCUGACUUGACUUCCCUCCGGGCCCCACUGGACAUCCCCAUCCCAGACCCUCCACCCAAGGAUGAUGAGAUGGAAACAGAUAAGCAGGAGAAGAAAGAAGUCCCUAAGUGUGGAUUUCUCCCUGGGAAUGAGAAAGUCCUGUCCCUGCUUGCCCUGGUUAAGCCAGAAGUCUGGACUCUCAAAGAGAAAUGCAUUCUGGUGAUUACAUGGAUCCAACACCUGAUCCCCAAGAUUGAAGAUGGAAAUGAUUUUGGGGUAGCAAUCCAGGAGAAGGUGCUGGAGAGGGUGAAUGCCGUCAAAACCAAAGUGGAAGCUUUCCAGACAACCAUUUCCAAGUACUUCUCAGAACGUGGGGAUGCUGUGGCCAAGGCCUCCAAGGAGACUCAUGUAAUGGAUUACCGGGCCUUGGUGCAUGAGCGAGAUGAGGCAGCCUAUGGGGAGCUCAGGGCCAUGGUGCUGGACCUGAGGGCCUUCUAUGCUGAGCUUUAUCAUAUCAUCAGCAGCAACCUGGAGAAAAUUGUCAACCCAAAGGGUGAAGAAAAGCCAUCUAUGUACUGAACCCAGGACUAGAAGGAAAAUAAAUGAUCUAUAUGUUGUGUGGA